AUGCCACCUCCAUGUGCCGGAAUGAAAUUGGUGCUGGCAUGUGUGGCCUUCCACCGUGUGGUGAGCUUUGCGGACGUAGAAGAGUCCCCCGGCUGCGCGUUGGUUCAACGCAAGGCGGAGCCCUUGCCUCCCCGAUCUCCACCUGCUGAUGCCGAGCCUGUCAUUUUGACGAGGUUAGAGAGCAACGUGGAGCAGGCUGGUCGUGCAGCUGACGCUGUCUCCGCGGACGCGAUGUCGCUGGUAGACGAGCUCUCAAAGCUGCACGCAUCGUUGAAGCGGACCCACGUGACGGAAGCGGUGUCACCGCCACUGCAAGCGGGCUUACUGGAAACCUUGGAGGCCGCACAUGCCAUGCUAACAUUGCCUGUGCGUGAACCGACCCAGGGGUCAGAUUCAAUGCUGGCGACAGAUGAGUCGACAGAUGAGUCGGACACUUCUAUCCAUACAACGAGCGUGAAGUUCCAACAGUUGACUGAGCCUACUGAACAGUCUAGCAAGACAAAGACGUGGAGGGACGUGGCCAGCAAGGUGUUGUGUUUUGGUGGGUUGCUUCAGGCAAAGACCGGUGUUCUUGUUUGGGCGGGCACGUCAGUCUUCCUGGCGCUUACGUUGCUCGUUGUCUCCGCCAGAUCAUUCUUCACAAGUGGAGGCGAGCCAGAGGUGAACGAAUCAUUGGUGGAUACGCUGAGACUUGACAGACUCGAUAUGACUCGACAAAACUAA